AUGGCCAAAACAGAGCCUGAUAAAUGUAGACCAUUGCAGGGGAGCGGCGGCCGGCCAGGCGGAGGGGGCGCGCCCGGAGCCCUCCGAGUCCCCCCCCCCCCCCCCGCCGGGCGCCCCGGGACCGCCGCCGCUGUCUCAGUCACCUGGUGGCCUCUAGAAGAAGAACUCAACAAAAAUCCAGUGGAAGGCUUUUCAGCAGGUUUAAUAGAUGACAAUGAUCUUUACCGGUGGGAAGUCCUUAUCAUUGGUCCCCCUGACACACUUUAUGAAGGUGGUGUUUUUAAGGCUCAUCUCACUUUCCCAAAAGAUUAUCCCCUCCGGCCUCCUAAAAUGAAAUUCAUUACAGAGAUCUGGCACCCAAACGUUGAUAAAAAUGGUGAUGUAUGCAUUUCCAUUCUUCAUGAGCCCGGGGAAGAUAAAUACGGUUAUGAAAAGCCAGAGGAACGCUGGCUCCCUAUUCACACUGUGGAAACCAUCAUGAUUAGUGUCAUUUCAAUGCUGGCAGACCCUAACGGAGACUCACCUGCUAACGUUGAUGCUGCGAAAGAGUGGAGGGAAGACAAAAAUGGAGAAUUCAAAAGGGUCUCCAAUUGA